AUGUCUUUCGAGAUCAAUUGGGAUAACGUCGGGGACGAUCCUUUAAUUAACAACUCUAUCAAGUCCUUUCUCAAUUCUCAGUUGCAGUCCAUCUCUUUACCCAGUUAUGUCAACAGUUUGCAGGUAACCAAUUUCUGUCUGGGGAACAUACCACCAAAAAUUAUUCUACGAGAGAUUACAGAUCCUCUAGAUGAGUUCUAUGAGCAUGUUGCUAGCGAAGAGCUGCCGAGAGAACCAGAAACAGAUGGCGACGAUGAUGAUGGCCGCGAAGGACCAGGUGAAAGUCGGAACUGUGAAUCUGAACCAAGCCCACGCAGCCAGAGCGACCUCCAGUUUCUACUGGAAAUAGACUACAAAGGCGACAUGCAAAUAGACGUCAAUGCGGAACUGGCACUUAACUACCCGAGUCCCUCUUUUAUGAGCUUGCCAGUGAAACUAUCGAUUACUGACUUGGGCGUGCAUGUUCUGUGUUUAGUCGCCUAUCUCUCCAAACAGAUGUUUAUAAGCUUUUUGUGCGAUGUGGCAGAUCCUAUAUUAGACGCAAGAGAAUCUAUCAUUGACUCGGGGAGCUCAGCUUUCUUGGGCAAAAAGUCACUGGAAAGAAUCUCGCUAAUCCGAAGCAUCAAAAUUGAGAGCGAGAUAGGUGAACAGAACAAUGUCGAAGGUUCUGUUCUGCGAAGCGUGGGAAGGCUUGAGCAGUUUCUACUUGAGGUUUUUAGAACCAUAGUUAAAGUCGAGGCCGCGUGGCCUAGCUGGAUUAAUUUGGAUUUCAACGAAGAUGAUGACGACGAGGACUCUUUCGAGCAAGAUCAAGACGUACCCACGCAAGGAUGA